GUUUCUGAAUCUAUUCUCUACAUUGGCAGACAAGCUACACGAUGACAUUUCUACUGUCAAAACUGCAUGUUUUACUUGUUUUUAGCAAUUAUUUCUACUAAUUAUGCACAAGUUUCAAGUGAAAUUGUUGGAUUUUGAUAAUCUAGUGUAGAUUUUACAAGAAAUUCGUUCAAAAUGAUGACAUUUAGGUUGUGUUGUGCUAUGUGUAGUGCAAAUAGAUUUCAUAAACAAAGCUAGUGACAAUUUUUUGUAGAAUUUAUGGAGUAUUAAUUGCAAUUUUUUGCAAUAAAUGUUGGGAAUAUGGCGGGACAGAGCUGGAUUCGAAGGAGUUCUCCAUCUUCAUCGAAAAGUGGACCUCUAAAGGCUACUUUACCUAUGAGUUCUUUAACGAGACAAAAUAGUAAUUUAAGACAGCAUAGUCAAGAUAACAGUCCGGUUACAUUGUCACCAACUUCUCCUUGGAAAACUAGAGCAUCUCCUGAUCAUAUUUUGUCAGGAAUCAGAAGCCCUGGGGCUUUAAAUUACAAAGGGAAAUGUCAUAUAUCAUGUCAUGGAAGUGCCAGCAUACGAAGAACUGCCUCUCUGGACACAAUAUAUCUGACAGGACAAUGGCCAAGGGAUUUCCAUGCAUCUCUGCUACAUCUAGAUAAAUCUACACAGACUGAAGAAUUGGACAGCAAGAGGUCUCAGCGUUGUACCCCCGACUUCUCUGUCAUGACUGAAGACAAACUGGACAAAAUGAUUAGGCAUAGGCAGCUUGCUGAAAAGUUGCGAGCCAUAAGAAAGCAGUAUAAGAAAAUUGCGAUCCAAAUCACCCCUGAAGGCCACCGCGCGCCCCUACCCGACCUUCUCCGUCUGACCCGUACCGUGAACACGCAAACCCCUUCACUCGACCACAAUCUGUCGCCGAGCGACACAAACUUAUCGCCAGGCGACACAAAUCUGUCGCCCGGCGGGGGCGAAACGUCGCCCGCCUCCAUCACAUCGUCGCUGGACGAAAUGAUCGCCGCGCGACUGCUGGUCGACCGAUUCAAGUCGCCCAGCGACCGAUUCGGGUCGCCUGCGCGACUGCUGACCUUGUCGCGCGACGAUUUGAGGUCGCCGAGGUUCCUGGCGUUGUCGUCUACACCUAAGGACAACAGUGAGGAGGAAGAGACGUCGCCUGAUAUGGAGGAGGUUUGUGGAGGAGGAGGGAGUAGAUCGCCGAAAAUUAAUCGCUUUCUAGCUAGAGAACCACCGGACGGCUGUGAACGAGUUAGUCUCAAGUUUACUGAGGAUAGUAGCUCAAAAGACCUGACUCAGCUGGACUACUGCGAUCUAAAGCCUAGCGUCACGUUCCAGCUGCGACCGAGCAUAGGCUCUGCGUUCCUGCCUUUGACCAAGACCAGUGUUGCCACCACACCCCAAGACUCUCCCUCCCACUCACACACUGCUGCCAACCCAACUGAAACUACGUAGUCGACAACCCCCUGCAUGAUAUAUUCAACAUACCCAGCACCCCGGAGCAUUCCUUCAGUUGGAUCCACAUCACAAAAAACGGACAUUCAACGUUUAAAAACAGUCAAAAUAUGUAAAAAAAUCAAACAAAAUAACUGAAAAAUAAUGAUACAAUAGUCACACCCUUCUCCGAUUCAUGUAAUACUUAUGAUUAUGAUCUAAUUAUCGUAUGAAAUGUGAUAAAGUUGAGUAAAAUAAAAACAAGUACAAAUUA